UAAUAUAAGAGAGUACUGAAAGACAUCUUUUGUGAUUAGGGUUUGUGACGUAAUACGAGAGAGCGUACGGUGUAGAAAUUGAAACUCGUAAUAAUAUCCUUCCAAUUCCACCAAAGACCACCUUUUCCUUUGUCAUUAUUUAUUUUUUUCCAGAAGUUGUAGUGCAAGGUCGUACAUGGAAGGGCUUUUUAUCUUGGCCAUUUUAUUGUGGAAACAUAUGCAGCAUGCACCAAUCAUUCAAUUAAAUAGCCAUUCAGCUUUUUUUUGACAUGAUGUUUUCUUGGUUUACUAUUUUCUUCAUAUGGUGUUGCUGCAAGUACAUCCACUUAUUUAAGCUAUGCAUUAUAAUGGAAAUGGAACUACUCUGGUCUAUGAGACUGCAGCUUCAAUGGGCACACUUGUGGGACACUUAGUGCCAGGCUUGGCCCUUGCCCUCCUUGGUCUAUGGCACACAAUCAACACCAUCAGAGCCUACUCUCUCAAAGGCUCUGCCAACUUUGUGUCAAGGUUUUGGUACCCAUUCAAGGGUCCUCUUUCCAACCUAAAACACUUGGAGCUCAUUUCCAUUCUCUCUUUCUCCAUCCUCACAAUUUUCAUGCAAGUCCUAGACUUCCCCUUUUUUCGCUUCUCUUUCAAGCUUGACAACUUCGAGCACGCAUCCAUGUUCCUUCACCUAGCCAUAUUUGCAGCUUUUGCCCUUUCCGCGGAGUUAACUCAUUCGUCUGAGAUCCUAUCCGGGGUCUCUGGGAUCCUUGCUGCCUCUGUUUUCGGUCAAGAGCUUUUCUUACUCCAUUACCACUCAACCGAUCACGUUGGACUGGAAGGCCAUUGUCAUUGGCUCUUGCAGAUCAUAGUGUUUGUCUCUCUUGUGGCAGCGCUGUCUGCAGCUACUUUCCCUACCAGUUUCCUGGUAGCACUUGUUCUUUCGAUUUCAGUACUGUUCCAAGGGUGCUGGUUCUUGAACAUGGGAUUCAUGUUGUGGGUUCCCGAAUUUGUUCCACAAGGAUGCGUUGUGCAGUUCGUCGAUGGCAGCAGUGACAGCAUGCACGGAGCAGUCAUGUGCAAGACUGAUGAGGCGGGCUUGAGGGCGAGAGCUCUGGCCAAUUUGCAGUUCAGUUGGAUACUCGCGGGAAUUUGGAUAUUCACAGGAUGUGUUUGCUUGAAAUUUGCCAAAAACUUUACACCGAGGAGCCAGUCAGCCGAGUAUGAGCGACUUAAUAGCAGGGGUGCUGAAGUCUCUGUCGCCAUUAAUGGACUCAAGCAGGCUCACCCAUAGGAUACUGUAGUAUGUUAAUAAUGCAAGUUGAUGUCCAGUAACAGACAUGUAGAGCACUUGAAGAUCUUCCAUCAAUUUACAUAUGUAAAUGGACCAAGUAGUUAUUCUAAGCCUUUUGUUCUAAUA